GUCUAGUACAGUUGGGAAAGAACCACCUUAAAUGGCGUUGACAAAACAAAGAAUUUAAACAACAAUUGUCAAAUAUAGUUAUGUAAAAGAUUUUUAAACGGUGAGGUAAAAAGUGAAAAUACGCAAUUGGAAGUAUAUUCUUUAGAACAUGUCCGCAUUUUUCUUUUAUUCUUUGUCUUACAUUUUAAUGUCAGGAUGUAUUAUAUAUCCACCUACGGAAUUCGUUUCAGCUGGACUAACCAUAAAAGACAUAUUUUCAAGUUGGUUAGGCAGUGAAAACGAAUUUUUUAUACAAUAUCAUAUAAAAAGAAGUAUAAUUACAUUAUAUGUACAUUCUAUACUUCCCCUUGGUUAUGCUCUUGGUUUAAUUGUAUUUGGACAUGUAGAUGCUAUAAGAUUAUUAUUAGGCCAUAACAAUUUAUGGUUAAUGAUUCUUACUUGUACUAUACUCUUGCCACUCUAUACCUUAUACAAAAUCCUCAUAUGGUCUAUGAAUAAUUGGAGUAAACAUCCUAUAGUCCAAAAUCUUGCACUUUAUUGUAAUAAUAAUAAUAAUAAUAAUAAUAAUAAUACUGUAUCAUGGACUGCAAUAGCUUCUGAUAUCAAUGUAGAAUAUCGAAGAAUAGACAAAAUUAUAAUUACCACAAAUAGCAUAACAUUUAUAAUAGCAACAGAUAAUUGGAUAAUUAAAGUUAUGCCUUAUAGAAUAUUUGUUGCACACCAGAGUGACACAGCUUUGGUAGUUAACAAAAGUGACACUCAUGAUAUGUCACCUGUGACAAGGGGAGAAGUUCAGUUUAUUAAUAUUGAGGUAAAGCCUACACGAAUUGGAGCACAAUCUUUUGACAUAAGACUAAAUGCCUUAGAUUUCAAAAAUUUACAAGAUAAAGUUUCACGUCCUAUCACUAUAUUACAAGACAUUACUUUUCAUAAAACCUUACUUGAUAGGUUCAUUGAUAAUUUUAAGGAACAAGUUGAAAAAAAUCCAUUAUAUGAGACUGCAGAAGAAUUAAAUCAAUGUAUUGGAUGUAUGCAAGCACCAUCAAAUGUAAAAUUGUAUAAACUGUGCAGUAGUGGUAUAGGAAAUAGUGGUCCUGAAGAUUGUAUGACGUGUUAUUGUCGUCCAAUGUGGUGCAUAGAUUGCAUGGCAAAAUGGUUUGCAUCAAGACAAGAUGAAAAUGCACCAGAAACAUGGUUGUCUUCUAAAUGUACUUGCCCUGUAUGCAGAGCACGGUUUUGUAUUUUAGACGUAUGUUAUACACUUUGAUAAACUUUGCAUCUACUAUGAAAUCUCAUUAGUUUUGGACUACCAUAAUUUUUUAUGCAAUUUAUUAUCAUGUAAUAAAUAUUCUCGUAAUUUAUAAAGAAA